CCAAACGACGAGCUGGAGAGCUGGCGACCGAACGCGACCCGAGGGUGGCUGGCGGCGAUGGACGACCGAGCGGAGACGCAACGAAUCGAGGAGCGGCUCCCGCAGGGAACCGACGAGUGGCUCGCGAGACCUCGGCUGUCGACGACUUCGCGAGGAACGAUCACGCCGGUGGUGAUACUGCAGCCGCUGUCCGCGCCGGUCGGCGACGUGGUGAUGUACACCGGGCCGUUGCAGCCGAUGGGGCAGCUCCACGGGAUCGGCAGGGAGUUCGGUGUCGGGACACAACCGUUGCCUGCAUGCGUUGUUCGGGAGGCCGGCGAAGGCGCGAUCACACAAGAUGAGCGCAGAGGCGACGUCGGGCCGACGCGAGCAAACAAGACGAGGCGGAUGGAUCGGCGCCUCACUCACUGGCAGUGCAUCUACUGCCGGCGCGAGACGCGGAACGAUGCACGGGCGACGAGGCGCUGGAACUGCGAUGGCGAGAAGGAGCAGCUGCGUGACGCGGACAGUGAGGGGCGCGAGGCGGCGCGCCGCGGGCAACGUGCGAAGGAGUACGCUGGCAGAUCGCUGAACGCGCUCGGCGCUGGCACGUCGCUGGUGCCGCGAGCCGCGCAGGGAGUGUUCGAGCGGGCGCGGUUGGA